AUGGGCGACGCGGCCAUGAAUGCUCCCACAGUCGAGGAGGAGGAGGCGGCGUGGACGAAGAUGUUGGAUCGCUUUACGGGCCUUCCAGACAUCGAGGUUCGAGUGCGCACCAACCGCGGGAAUUCACUAGCGCGCCAGGGCAAGCUGAAGGAAGCUCUCGAGGACUACAACCGUGCGAUCGAGCUGGUCCCGGAGGCCGCCGAUCCUCACUUGAACCGCGGGGCUAUCUACGAGUCUUUGGGUCGGCUGGAGGAUGCCCUCUUAGACUACGAUGUCAUUCUACAACAGGACCCUGGCGACCCGGCAGCAUGGAACAACCGUGGCAAUGCCCUGCUAGGCCUCCAGCGCUUCGAAGAAGCCAAGGACUGCUUUCAGCAGGCACUCAACAUCGAGGGCUCGCAGUCUGCCUUUGCUGGCGUGAAUCUUGCCCUGGCUCAAUACGAGCUGGGCGAGGAUGACGCUGCCGUUGGAACGCUGCGCAAGCUGCUGGCAAAGUAUGCUGAGGCUUUUCCUGACGCGAGGGCGGCCUAUGCGCUGAUUAUGUGGGACAAGGGGGAUCCCAUCCUCGGAGAAUCGGAAUGGGACCGCGCCACCGCUGCAGACAACCGCUACCGCUCAGCCGACUGGGUGACAGGCUUCCGACGCUGGCCGCCACGGCUCUUAGGUGUCUUCAAGCGCUUCGCUGCCACCACGUCGGUGAAGGUGAAGUGA